CAUGGGUGCGUUCAUUGGAUGGGCAGCUUUCGCCAUCAAGCGCAGGAAGAACGACAGCCGAAUUUUUGAAGAGUUAGAAACUACUACUCGUUUCCUCGACAACAACUGUCAAUCCGUCAACGCCGAGAGAAGGAGCCAAGAAGCAGUGACACGGAUGCUGAAGGAGCAGCUUUGCACUCUCCGCAAAACGAUGGCGGCCCAUAGUGAAUUCAUCACCGUCCUUCGAGAACACGACAAGGUUUUGCUGAAGAAAUACGAAGAAGCGAAGCGCGAACUGAAACGCCUCGACAGCAAGAGAGUCCGCGUGGAGAAACACUAUCGAGCGUCUCGCCAGCGUCUCAACGAUCUCAUCGUGGACAUGGAGGACGAGAAACGGAAAAACGGCAGCCGACCUCAACGAGACAACUCCUGGCUAACACAGACACUGUAGUUUCUCCUUCAGGGUGUAUUCACGACGGAUAGCGCGCACCUGAUUCUAUCUCCUCGAGAUGACUUCGGCCACUGAUGCAGCUCUCUGACCCUCUCACCCACACGGGGACGGGAGAGCUGAAGGCUAGUUGUAUCAGUCCAGCUGUAUGG